AAUGUAUGGAAGCCCAUUUCCGCCACUCUGAUGAAAAAACAAACAAACUUGUAUCUCAUAAUUAUGAGAUAAUGGGUUUCCAUACUAAAGCUAAGAACUCGUAAGGGUUAACAAACAAAAACACUGUGUUUACUCAGCUUUGGACUUUUGACCCAAUAGAGCGCACAACACCUUUUCGGUCUGAAACAGGGGAAGAUGUUGGCUUUGGUUCUGCUCGUCUUUUGUCUCGUUGAGACAGACUCCGCCGUGGACUCGUACGUGGCUGCCGUGUACGAACACAGAGUGAUCCUGAACCCGGACCCUGGCGUCCCCGUGUCCCGCCGCGACGCCCUGAUCCACAUGCAGAAGAACCUGGACAUCUACGAGGAGCAGGCUGCCAGAGCUGCACUGCAGGGUGCCCAGAUACUUGUGUUUCCAGAAGAUGGUAUUCACGGUUUUAACUUCACCCGUUCAUCCAUUUCCGGAUACUUGGAAACCAUUCCCGACCCUGAGCAGGAGAGCUGGAACCCCUGCACCGAGCCUGGCAGAUACAACAACACUGAGGUUCUUCAGCAACUGAGCUGCAUGGCCCGUCGCCACAACCUCUACCUGGUGGCAAACAUGCCUGACCUGCAACCGUGUCCCAUGAAGACAGCCCCAUCCUCAUGUCCUCCUGAUGGACGCUGGCAGUUUAACACCAAUGUGGCUUUCAGUUCUGAUGGCCUGCUGGUAGCACGCUACCAUAAACAGAACCUGUACUUUGAGGAGUCUUUUGAUACGCCUCCAAAGCUUGAAGUUAUUACAUUUGAUACACCUUUUGCUGGGAAGUUUGGCCUCAUCAUCUGCUUUGACAUCCUGUUCCACGAUCCCACAGUAGCCCUGGUCAAAAUGGGUGUGCGCCAGUUGAUUUUCCCCACAGCUUGGAUGAAUGCACUCCCCCUGCUGGAUUCAAUCCAGUUUCACCGGGCUUUCAGUCUGGGGGCCAACGUCACCGUGCUGUCUGCAAACACUCGUAAUGACCGGCUCAUCAUGACAGGAAGCGGUAUCUUCACCCCGUUUUCUGCUACCUUUCACCAUGCACUGAAGGAUGACCCAGAGGAGGGCAGGCUGCUUGUGGCCAGAGUUCCAGUCUUGGAUCCAAUGGGGGUGGAUGAUGUGGCUGAAUCCACAUCUUCUGUUCCUACAGAGUCUGCUUACCGCGACAAAGAGAGCUGUGCAGCUUCUUCUUCACCUCAUUCCUCUUACCCUACCUUCACUGCAUUCAUGAUGCACGACCCAUUUAAAUUUGUCCUUAUAAACGAGACAGAGGGCAACCUCACAGUGUGUGAUGGUACGUUCUGCUGCCAUCUUCAGUACAAGUGGAUAGCACAUGACGAAAGGAAAGAACUGUAUGCAUUGGGAGCAUUUGCAGGAUUGCACACCGUGAAUGGACGUUAUGCCUUGCAGGUGUGUGCAGCAGUCCGCUGCGCAGGGCUGGAGGCCAGCUCCUGUGGACAGGAAGUGGAGGAGGCGGAGUCUGAGAUGGACUUCAUGUUGGAAGCGACUUUUCAGACCGAAUAUGUGUACCCUUCGGUUUUGGUGAACCGCAUGGUGCUGGAGCAGCCUGAGAAGCUGGAGAAAGCUGCAGGUGGGAGGGUGGCUAUGAAGCACUCGAAGCUGAGCGGGGGCCUGAUCACUGCCUGUCUGUAUGGACGAAUGUACCACCUGGAUAAUGAAUGACCUGCUGUGGAAUGACAGAGUCGUGCUAAAAUUUAAUUCUGAUUGAGACCACGGAUGACAUUCGGAUCUCACAUCCUCUUGUGUUCAAAGUAAAUAAAACAAAUCUUUUUAUUCA